GUCCUGGAAAGCGUCGGCGCAGCGCGCGCAGAGCGCGGCGUCUGCCUGGUUGCUCUGGAGCCGACUCUCGUGGUUGCCGGUUCGCGGUUCUGUCAGCCUCCUGCCAAUGGGGAGCACGGAGAGCUGCGAGAGCCGCAGGGUGUCUUUCGGCAUGGACGAGGAGGAGCGGGUCCGGGUGCUGCAGGGCAUCCGGCUGUCUGAGAACGUGGUGAACCGCAUGAAGGACCCUUGCCAGCCCUCAGGGCAGCAGCCCACCUCUCCGUCCUGCACCUGCAGCCCUGCAGAAGGCAGCGCCCGAGCCCCGCAGAAAGAAUCCAAACUGCCCAGGUUCGAGACCAGCGGUGACCAGCAGCCCUCAGGGGUGAAGGAGGAUCUCAAGAGGUUCCAGCAGGAGCAGGCCUCCAUCCAGGACGAGCUGUUCCAGGUGGUGAGGAGGGAGAGGGAGGCCGCCGCCAAGCACCUGAAGGCCCCCCUGCCCCGGGAGGAGGCCAGCGCUGACCCUGAGAGGCAGAAGUCGGCCCAGCUGGCCAGGGAGCUGGAGAACAGAGAGGCCGAGCUCCGCCGCCGCGACACCUUCUACAAGGAGCAGCUGGGACGCAUCGAGAAGAAGAACGCCGAGAUGUACAAGCUGGCGUCGCAGCAGUUCCACGAGGCCGCGACGAAGGCAGAGAGCGCCAUAAAGCCCCGCAGGGUGGAGCCCGUGUGCACAGGUCUGCAGGCCCAGAUCCUCCGCUGCUACCGCGACCACCUUCAGGAGGUGCUGCUGUGCUCAGACCUGGUCAAGGCGUACCAGCACUGCGUGAGCACCGCCCACAAGGGUUGAGGAUCAGCCAUGAUUCCCGGCCCUCGCAGUGACUUGGAGCCCUGAAGAAAGGACCACCCGUGGGACCACACACCCCCGGCCACAGCCUCGAGGCCCCGCCGUUGCUGCCGGGCGUCUCUGUGACCUGCGAGCUGGGCCGCCACGCACUAGGAGACAGCGUGUCCCCGCCCGAAGGCAAAUAAAGCAGGUGUCUUUGUUCUCAGUCAUUCACUCGUG